UUGCAUAAAUACAUAAACAGUAAAAUACACAAAGAUAUACAAGCAAUUCCAUUAUAGUUGUCAUAAAUUAGACAAAUACUGGCGCCACAUUCCUGUGUUUUGUAACAUUAAAAUUCGCAGGACAUCCAGCAGAUGGCGGUAGUGAAGUCAUUUAUUCACAGCACAACAGCGGCGGCUUGAUGACCGGCUGGAUCGGGUAAAAAAAAAAUGAAGCUUCUGAUGGUUUUUGAUUUUGACCACACUGUGGUUGACAACAACAGUGACACCUGGGUGAUCAAAUGCCUCCCAGGUCAAACUCUUCCAGACUCUGUGAAGAACUCGUACAGAAAGGGCCACUGGACUGAGUACAUGGGCAGAGUGAUGAACUACAUAGGAGACCAGGGGGUCGGGCCUGACAGGGUCCGAGGCGUGUUGGAGACCAUCCCCUUCACCCCUGGAAUGACAGACCUGCUGACAUUUAUAGCUGAGCACAAAGACACCAUUGACUGCAUUGUCAUCUCUGACUCCAACACCAUUUUUAUAGACUGGAUCUUGAAGGGGGCGGGACUCCGAGCAGCCGUGGACCGGGUUUUUACUAACCCCGCUCGACUGAAUGAGUCCGGGUACGUGGAGGUGCAGUGCUACCACACCCACGACUGUGAUGAAUGCCCCGUCAACCUCUGCAAGAGGGAAGUCCUGGAGCGCUACCUUUCUGAGAAGACCGAGGCGGGUACGAUGUACGGGCGCGUUGUUUACGUUGGCGACGGAGGGAACGACCUCUGCCCCGCUUCCUGUCUGAGAGGGCAUGAUGUCGUGAUGCCCAGGAGGGGGUACACCCUGGACAAACUUCUGGCCAAACUGACAGCGCAAGAAGGCGACGCCUCUGUUAAAGCUGAAGUCUUUGUUUGGAGCAGUGGCUCUGACAUCCUCCAGGAGCUGAAAACAAGGAUGCAGUCGUAGUUCAARCCGUCGGAGCGAUCCAUUUCUCAGCUGGAGCUGACUUAUUCAGCAUGUCAUCACAAAAGACAUAAUUAUUUAAAAAAUAAUGUAUGAUUUUAAAUAACAAAUGCACUCCUUGGAUAAUUCUGGACUGAAACUACGUUUGUUGUUUAUGUCCCCUUUAAUGACAGUGACUACUUUAAAUGGUGAGCAUUUAUUAUAUUUGUACUUUGCUGUUUUAAAGUGUUUGAGGUAAGAUUUUUAUCAUUUUACUGACCUUUAAAAAGGGAAUUCGUUCUGAGUUUAACUGUCGCACUAACAAUGUGUGAUUUGUUUUUCUGUGGUUGUUGUAAAUGUGAGCUGUUGACCAGUGAUAUCAGUGAACCCUCCUGCUGCUUUUGGAUUAAAUGACCCAUGUGACCUAUGUUUUUGAAGCUGAGGCCAUGUGGGUCCRUUUUCAAGAGCGUUUCUCAAGUCUAGAAAUGCUGAGAAUUGUGCUGAUUAAAAAGAUGAGCUCUCUACAGGUGACACGUUCAGCCUGUGUUAUCACCAUGAUCCGACCAGGCUGAYCAUGGACAGCCAUCCUGUCACCUUUUACAAAACAAUAUGGGCCGGCCAUUUUACGCCCCUGAGUAAAACAGCAAGACAGAGGUUCCUACAGUACAAAACCAGAAUUUAUAGCAAAGCAGUAAUAAAAUAUUAAAAUGAAA